CGGGACUGAGCAGGCACCUGCCGCUCGCACCCUGGAUGCCCUGAACCUUCACCGCGCUUUCCAAGAGACAAUUUCCGGCUUGGUUCCUGAGGUUCCCGCCGCAGCCCCAAGGAAGAAAGCAGCUAUUCUUCUCUCUUUUUCAGCACUCCAGGCCUUUCCCGGCAGGGCCCAAAACGACAGGAGAAGAGCCUCACCUGGCUUGGCCUUUCUAGCCGCGGGCUGGAGGGAUUCGGCCUGAGAAUAGAUUGGUCGGUUUCCCGGGACCCACCCGUCGCAGGCCCUUAGAAUUAGGCUGCUGCUUUUCUUUAAAGAGAGUUUAGAACACUCAGUCUGCUUAAGUAGGCGUUCCUUUGCUCACUUUCCAGGCGAAGAGUCACCCCUACUCAGAGGCUGCGCGUGAAGGUAGGGGCCAUGACAAAGUCCACCGAGCUACGGCAUCCUCUGAGCGUCGGCCUGUGAACAAAGAACUGCUGUUUCCUCCCUUUUGCCGUUUGUUCGUCAUGCAGAACUUAAAUUCCUGAUGAAGCUCUGGAGGCCCUUUGUAUCCUCAACAUCAGACGUCAUCAAGGAAAAUUUCAAUUAGAAGAUUUAGUUCACCAUCCUGAGAAAGAAGGAAUUGAACUGCUUGCCUUGACAGAAGAACAACUCUUGUUUUGUCUGGGACUUGUUACAGCAAAGACAGGCUGAUGACUGCUUCCAGAAAUCUAGAAGAGUUGUCAGCAAAGCACGUGGAAGAAAUUAAAGACGUGGAAAACUAUGCAAACCAUCUCUGUGACUUACCAGAGGAAAAAGAAGCAUUUUCUCAUAGUUAUGAAAGGGAAAACAAACAGCCUAGACAUGAGUUUAAAGAGCUCCAACUCAAACCAGAAGUGCAAAGGAAGGAAGUUGAAAUGUAUCAAGAAGCCUUGUCUACAGUGGCUCUGAGCAGCCCCCGUGAACAGAUCACACACUUAAUCAUGGAAAGAAGUACACUCUUGAGAAAACUGGAACUUGGGAACCCCAAGCCAGAACCACAAAGAUGUCUGAGCCAUAACCUGCAGAAAGGCUUUCCCCAGGAGAAACUUGAACAAACCCACCAGCCUCUGCAAAAGGAACAUCAGAAACAUCAAGGACCUGUGCAUCAGUCUAAAAAAAGUCUGAGUGAGUCCCAUAAUGAAGAUCCAGAAAAAGAUAAAACACCACAAAACUGCAGAGAGAGAGAUUUGGAGCAAGUAGCAUGGAAGCUAGAGAUGGCCCAUGAAGAGAUCCGAAGACUCACUGUUGAACUGCAAGGGAAGGAGAAGGUACAGAGUAAAUUAGAUUCUGCACUUGAGAAGGCUCAACUAGAAAUUGAGAAAUUGAAAGAAAAUUUGAUAAAGCUGAAAGAAAAUGACUCAAUUGACCUACAGAAAGCAAAGGAACAUAAUCAGAGACUGGAUGAGGAAAUUCUGGCUCUAAGAAAUCGGGUUCGAUCACUUGACUCAGAAAAAAAAGUACUUGGAGAAGAGGUUGAACGACUUAAAAAAGGAACGUGUGACUCUCAGCAGAAUAAGCAUCUUGGAAACCACUGUCCUGGAAAAGCUGUGGGUGCUGAACAGAAAGUAGAGUAUCCAUCAUUUGGAGAAAAACUGAAAUACCAGCAAGAGGAGGUACAACAACUUCACCAGAAUUUGCACCGGCUCCAAACUCUAUGCAGCUCAGCAGAAAAAGAGCUUCGAUAUGAGCGAGGAAAGAACUCUGACUUAAAGCAACAUAAUAGCUUACUUCAGGAAGAAAGCAUUAAGAUCAAAAUUGAACUCAAGCAGGCCCAGGAAAAGUUAUUAGACAGCUCAAAGAUGUGCUGUUCGCUCACGGCUGAGUGGAAGCACUGUCAGCAGAAAAUCAGGGAACUGGAGCUGGAAGUACUUAAACAGGCUCAGAGCAUUAAAUCACAGAACAACCUACAGGAAAUGCUGGCUCAGGAGAAAUCUAAAGUUGCUGAUGCAGAGGACAAGAUUUUGGAUCUGCAGGAGAAGUUAGAACAUGCUCAUAAAGUCAAUCUGACAGACGCUUGUAUUUUGGAGAAGAAGCAAUUAGAGGAAAGGAUAAAAGAAGCAAUAGAAAAUGAAGCUAAAAUAAAGCAACAGUAUCAGGAAGAACAACAGAAGAGGAAACUCCUAGAUCAGCAUAUGAAUGAGCUACAGAAGCAAGUGAAAAUCUUACAGGAAAAAGAGAGUCUACUGGAGAUGACCAGUUCUCAGCAACAAAUCAAACUUCAGCAACAAAAGGCCCAACUUAAAGAACUGGAAAAUGAAAAAAAAAAAUCUGAUGAGCAUCUCAAGAGCAACCAGGAAUUGUCAAAGAAGCUGUCUGUGUUGCAGCAGGAGAAGGAAGCUCUAUGUGAAGAAAAUGAGCAGCUUUUGAAGCAGUUUGACCUCUAUGUGAGAAACUAUAAUCAGAAAUAUCAGUACUACAAAGUCAAGCUGCACAGAGUCAAGGAUCGUUUAGUUGAUGAAGUAGAACUCCGAGAUGAGAGAAUCAAACAACUCGAAAAUGAGGUUGGAGCCCUGCGGCAGCAAAUGGAAAAGGAAAAGGCAUUCCAGCACCAAAUCACCACCCAAAAUGAUAUCCUGCUCCUAGAAAAAAGGAAACUUCUGGAGCAGGUCACAGAACAAGAAACAUUGAUUAACAGCAACAAGUGGAUGAUAUCUUCUGUCCAGAGCAGAGUACUUGUCCUGGAUGAAGAAAAUAAGCAGCUACAGAAAAACAGUCUCCAGCUCACACAAGAGGUUGAUCUCCUAGAGCAUAUCAUAAAGAGCAUCCAGAUCCACAGAGGGGAGGAAACAACAGUUUGUGACAUCCGUGAAUCUGAAGUAUUGAAUAAAAUCAUGUACUUACCAAACUCCAGUUUUUCAGGAAUGGGCUCAGUAGAGUCCGCUGAAAGUCUUCAAGAGACUGAAGAACAGAGGUUAGAAGAAACAGUGGCAGACCCCAAGUCCCUCAAGUCCCUUUCGUGUUCACAGAAUUCUGGAGCUGGAUACAUAAACAUGGCUUCUCUGAAAGAAACACAUCUCAUUCAAAAGUAAGACGAAGUCAGAUCUAGAAAAUCAUCGGUGUCUAAAAUAGACUGAUCAAAGCUACUAACCUGAAGCUUGGGUAUGCAGGUGGAACAUGACAUGGAGAAGAGUUCAGGCAGAUCCUCACUGGACAUCAACCAGGAAUCUUCAAAAUUGUUGACAAAUUCAUUAAACCUGUUCUACAAAUGGAUUUCUCAAGUUUUUUUCAUAUCCUCUAAUGCCUUGUAUUGAUCAAUGUCAUGACAUAAAUUCAGUGGUUUAAUAAGAUUGUUGUUCAGCAGAGCACAUAUACGGCUAAUUCAGCAUUCUAUCUAUUCUUAUUAUCAUGGGUAUUAUUUUUUAAUUUAAAACAAAAAAAUAAUGUAAUCACCUUAAAGCAAAUAUUUGAGAAAGAAGAAAAACCUAUAAAGCCCACAUUUUUGACACAACUACUUUCAUUUAUCCUUUCCUGGUUCUUAUUCAAAUGUAUAUAUUUUAAAUGAUUAUACUGUAUAUUCAUUUUCAGUCUGAUUUUAAAUUUAAUAUAUCAUAAAACA